CUCAAUUGACAACAGCAAUAGCAAUAAAAAUAAUAUUAGAAAAUAAGUUGCUAUUGGAUCUAAAUCUGCUGCUUUCUUCUAUAAACAAAACAUGGGGUUCACUCCUCUACAAUCCCAAAACAGAUCAUCACCUGUUUUCUAUCAUCAGCAAUGCCUGCAAUUCCAAAGAAUCUCCUUCUUUCUCCCAAUAUCUUGUCUAUCACCUUUCUUGUUUCAAUAAACUCCCUCUUCUUCUUUAGUUGUUUAUCCAUUGAUGAACAGGGCCAAGCUCUUCUCACAUGGAAAAACAGCUUAAACAGCUCUGUGGACGCGCUGGUAACAUGGAAUCCUUCAGACUCAAAACCCUGCAACUGGUUUGGGAUCAUUUGCAAUGCCAAUGGCGAAGUAGUCCAGCUUAAUUUGAAGUCAGUCAAUUUGCAAGGCCCAUUACCUUCAAAUUUCCACUCUCUCAAGUCUCUGAAUACUCUUAUCCUCUCAACAACCAAUCUCACAGGCCCAAUACCAAAAGAGUUUGGAGAAUAUCAAGAGUUGAAUGGCAUCGAUAUCAGCAACAAUGCCAUCUCUGGAGAAAUCCCGGCUGAAAUUUGUAAGCUGAGCAAUCUGCAAAGUCUCUCUCUCAGUUCGAAUUUUCUGGCAGGCAGUAUCCCUCCCAACAUUGGAAACCUUUCAAACCUUGUCUACCUUGCGCUCUAUAACAAUCAACUCAGUGGCGAAAUUCCAAAAUGUAUUGGAAGGUUAAGUAAGCUGGAAGUCUUUCGAGCAGGCGGGAAUCAAAAUCUCAAAGGGAUGCUGCCUUCAGAGAUAGGAAAUUGUACUAAUUUGGUCAUGUUGGGACUUGCAGAAACCAGCAUUUCAGGAAGCCUGCCUCCUUCAAUCGGUUCACUGAAGAAGAUUCAAACCAUAGCAAUUUAUACAUCUCUUUUAUCUGGUCCUAUCCCGGAGGAGAUUGGUAGCUGCAGCCAAUUGCAAAACCUGUAUUUGUAUCAGAAUUCUAUCUCAGGUUCAAUACCAAAACGAAUUGGGGAGCUGAGAAGGCUUCAAAACUUACUGCUGUGGCAGAACAACCUGGUGAGUACGAUCCCUGAUGAGCUUGGACGUUGUAGAGAGCUCUUGGUUGUGGAUUUUUCAGAGAAUAUGUUGUCAGGCAGCAUACCAAGAAGUUUAGGGAACCUCUUGGAGCUUCAGGAGCUUCUGUUGAGCAUUAAUCAGUUGACAGGUACGUUCCCUACUGAAAUCUCUAACUGCUCAAGUUUAACACACCUUGAGGUCGACAACAACAACAUUUCUGGUGAGAUCCCAGCUGUUGUAGGCAAACUAAAGAGCUUGACACUGUUCUUCGCCUGGCAGAAUAAGCUUACAGGAAAAAUCCCAGAGAGUCUAGCAGAUUGUAAGAAUCUUCAGGCUCUUGAUCUAUCAUACAACCAACUAAUCGGACCAAUUCCGAAACAUAUUUUUGGAUUGAGAAAUCUCACCAAGCUGCUACUGGUAUCUAAUGAUUUAUCUGGUUUCAUACCACCGGAUAUUGGAAACUGUACCGACUUAUAUCGGUUCAGAAUAAAUAACAACAGGCUCGCAGGAGUGAUUCCAGUCGAGAUUGGGAAUUUGAAAAAUUUGAAUUUCCUUGACAUGAGCAAUAACCGGUUUCUUGGUGGAAUUCCACUGUCACUGUCUGCCUGUGGGAAUCUGGAGUUUCUAGAUCUCCACUCCAAUGGUCUUACUGGAUCUAUGCCGGAAAAACUUCCAAAAAGCCUUCGAUUUCUUGACAUUUCAGAUAAUAGACUAACAGGGCCAUUGACUCCAAGCAUUGGGUCCCUGACAGAGCUGACUAAACUCAUUCUCGGCAAGAACGGAUUUUCUGGUAGAAUUCCACCGGAGUUGGCGUCUUGCUACAAGCUACAGUUAUUGGAUCUCAGUGACAACGGUUUGUCAGGCGAGAUACCCAAGGAAUUGGUCGAUCUUCCUGCACUCGAGAUAUCUCUCAAUCUCAGCUGCAACCGCCUGUCAGGUGAAAUCCCAGCUCAACUCUCCAGUCUUCAGAAGCUCGGAAUCCUUGACCUUUCCCACAAUGCGCUCGUGGGGAAGGUUGACAUGCUUGCUAGCCUUCAAAACCUCGUCGCCCUCAACAUCUCCUACAACAGCUUCUCCGGCGAGUUACCCAACACGUCAUUCUUCCGGAAACUCCCACUGAGCGAUCUAACCGGGAACCGGGCACUCUACAUUACCGGCGGGAUCGUGACUCCCGCCGACCACCUGGGGUCCAAUGGGCACACCAGAUCGGCAUCAAAGCUGGUGACGUCUGUGCUAGUCAGUGCCAGUGCAAUGUUACUCUUACUUACAGCAUACAUCUUAGUACGUGCUCGUGUAGGCAGCCUUGGGGAUACAGAAAACGAUGCUUGGGAAAUGACCCUUUUUCAGAAGCUCGACUUCUCGAUCGAUGAUGUUGUUGGAAAUCUUACGUUGGCCAACGUGAUCGGAACUGGAAGCUCCGGUGUUGUCUACAGGGUGGAAAUCCCAAAUGGGGAGACGUUGGCAGUGAAGAAGAUGUGGUCGACAGAGCAACCGGAGGCAUUCAAGUCUGAGAUUCGGACACUGGGCUCAAUCCGACACCGGAACAUUGUGAGGCUGCUGGGGUGGUGUUCGAACAAGAGCAUGAAGCUAUUGCUCUACGACUACCUCCCGAAUGGGAGCUUGAGCGCGCUCCUUCAUGGCUCCGGGAAGGGUGGAGCAGACUGGGAUACAAGGUAUGAAGUGGUGUUAGGAGUAGCGCAUGCGCUUGCCUACUUGCACCAUGACUGUGUCCCUGCUAUCGUGCAUGGGGAUGUGAAGGCCAUGAACGUGUUGCUGGGUCCAAGAUUUGAGCCGUAUUUGGCUGAUUUUGGGUUAGCCAGACUUGUGGAUGCAUCUGAUGCUGGUGAUGAACUUUGCAAAUUGAAUUUGAAACCUCAGCUUGCUGGAUCCUACGGGUACAUGGCCCCAGAGCAUGCAUCCGUGCAACCUAUCACAGAGAAGAGUGAUAUCUACAGCUUUGGCGUACUAUUGAUGGAGGUCUUAACUGGAAGACAUCCCCUAGAUCCAGCCUUGCCCGGAGGGGCGCAUUUGGUUGAAUGGAUCCGAGACCACUUGCAGAGUAAGCGUGACCCCAUGGAAAUCCUCGAUCCAAAGCUUCAAGGGCAGACCAACAUUCAGAUACACGAGAUGAUUCAAACACUCGCAGUUUCAUUUCUGUGUGUCAGCACUCGAGCACAUGACCGCCCUAUGAUGAAGGAUGUUGUAGCCAUGCUCAAGGAGAUCAGACAUUUCGAGAUUGCAAAGAUUGAAAUGGACCAAUUCAAGGGUGGAAAGGGAGCUUUUUCAUCAACAGCACUCGCAUCCUCUCCUGCACAGACUAGGGUCUUGCAAGUAUCUUCCAAUUGUUCUUUUUCUUUCUCUGACUCCUCGAUUUGAGGGAAGAGGAAGACAAUCAUGGGCUUGAAUGCUUGCUGUAAGUUUUCCAAGUUGGCGGAAAAAUUCCCCUAAAGGAAGCGCACGCCUCUGGAUUUACUCCAUUAAAAAGAAUAAAAAAGAGAAGAAAGAAAAGAAUUUGAAUUUAGGGUUAUACAAAUCCUGUUUCACCAGUACAUUGUAUCAAGGGCUAUAUAUCCUUCACCUUCUAUCAUUAAAGUUCCAUCAUA